UUGAGAAGCGUGGGGCAGAGUGCGAGUGAGAUGAUCGGAGGGAGCAAACAGCAGCAGCAGCAGCACUGCGCAGUGUGCGUUCAACCAGAGAGAGAGGCAGACAACUUAUUGGAUACACACACACACGCGUAGAGACACACGUACCGUAUACGUGUACACACACACACAUUGGCACACCGACACAUAGACGCGCGUGGAGAGACACACGCUCACACACGUGUCGUCUUACACGCAGGUCGUGCGCGUGCACGACAUCACACAUGCACGCGUAAAGCAACACGCAUGUAGAUACACACACGUACGUACACAUAUACAUUAAACGUGCACAUGUAAUAAUAAGUACAUACAUACAGACACACAGAGAGACACGUGCGUAUGUGUGUAAAUAUUACACAAACUUACACGCGCACAUUUGUCACACACACGCGCGCGCGUAAAACACAGAUAGACAGACGCACACACACACACGCAGACAUAGACGCAAUCGUAUAUAAAGAAACGCAUACAUACACACGGACACAUAACGGCUGGCUACGCACGGUGUGAAAGAAGAAGGUCAACUUACACAACUACUGACACACGGACGGACGGACCCAUGAAUCGCUUGGGAUCUAGCAGCCAGGGAGAAGGAGACGCGAUGGUGAACGGAGGAGCGUGCGAAGGAGACGGAGACAUCGACUCUUUCGAGUACAACAGAUUCGGAAUCUCGGACGGCGCCGGCUGCUCGCGGUGCCGCAGGAAGUGCGCGCUGAAGACGGCGAUCGCCCUGCUGUGCGGCCUGUGCUCCCUGCUGUCGAUCAUCCUCGCCGUCAUCAGCUACACGGUGUUCCAGCGGAUCGACGGCGUGGCGACGGUCAUGACCGCCGAGGACCUGACGUUGAGGGAGCGGCUGGACGCCUUCGGGACGAAGCUGGAGACGCUGGACAAGCUCGUGCAGAACAAAGAGAAAUCCAUCGGCGACGCGUUGUUGCAUUGGCGGCAGGACGUCGACACGCUCAAGGAGUCGACGCAGCAGCUGCAGGACCGCCUCGACCUGGCGGCGCUCGGCACGCAGCGGCUGGGCCACAUCGGCCAGCGCGUGCAGGCCCUGGAGGAGGCCACGGGGCUCGCCGGGGACCCCACGGCGGCCGCCUCGAGCCGCGCGGGCCUGGAGGCCCUGCAGCGCUGGAGCUGGGAGGCCAACGCGACGCUGCUGUCGCUGCGCGGCCUGCCCUCGCGCGUCGACGAGCUGGCCGCGAACGUCUCGGCCGCGGCGGCGGACGGCGCCGACGGGCGGGACGAGCUGGCGGGCCGGCUGGACGACCUCCGGAGCAACGCGUCGUCCGCGGCGGAGGCCCUCCGGCUCGCCGACCUGGCGGCCGAGGAGCGCGGGCGGGAGCUGGAGGCGCUCGCGCGGGAGGCCCGUGCGGCCGCGGAGGAGGCGGCGCGUUUGUGGCGGCCCGCGGUGGCGGCGCUGAACCGGACGGCGACGCGCGCCCAGGAGUCGUGGCAGAGGGAGCGGGCCAAGCUCGCGCAGGGCCUCGCGGGCGCGCAGCAGGACGUGGCGCGGCUCGAUGGCGCCUUCCGCGUCCUGCGCAAGGACUGGAGCGGCGCCCGGCAGGCGCUGACGGAGCGGGUGGACGCCGGGUACCGCAACGUGUCGCUGUUCGUGGACGAGGUGCGGCUGCUGCUGCAGGAGCACGGCGACAAGGUGCGCAACAUCACGGUGCUGAACGGUCUGCCCGGCUCCCCGGGCCUCAAGGGCGACCAGGGAGAGCAGGGCCCGGCGGGCAUCCCUGGCCCCGUGGGCCCGAAGGGCGACCCGGGCCUACUCGGCGAGACGGGGGCCACGGGCCCCAAGGGAGAGAUGGGCGACAAAGGCCAGCCGGGCCCCAUCGGCCUACCCGGGCAGAAGGGCAUGAAGGGAUCGAAGGGGUCGAGGGGCUCCACGGGGCCUGUCGGACCGCAGGGCCUCCUCGGGCCCAAGGGCAGCCAGGGCCUGAAGGGGCCGAGGGGAUUCCCCGGGGAACAGGGGCCUGGCGGAGCGCCCGGCAUGCAGGGCCCCCCCGGUGAUCCCUACGACCCCAAGAGCGAAGCCUGCAAGGGCUUCGGGCCGUACUUCAACGGCAGCUGCUACUCCAUGUCCAACAUGAGGAUGAACUGGACCCUGGCCAACGAGUCGUGCAUGGCGAUGCAGUCGCACCUCGUCAUCAUCAGCUCCAAGGAUGAGCAGACGUGGCUGGUGUCCAAGACGAUGGGGCACUUUGUGUACAUCGGCCUGCACGACACCAUGGUGGAGGGCAACUGGGAGUGGGUGGACGGCACCAAGCUCGGCGGCCCCACCUUCUGGGCGGAUGGCCAGCCCGACAACUGGGCGCUGUCAUUGAACGGGCGCGAAGACUGCGCGGGCUUCACCUUCGGCGGGAAGUGGAACGACUUCCCCUGCUCCAUGGAGAUUCACUUCGUGUGCGAGAGGGACGUGGACUUGGCAAUGGUUGUGUAGGUGGAGGGUGUGGAGGGCUUUUACCCCUAAUAAUGAACAGCGAUGCACUCCCCCCCCUCCCGUGCCUUCCCCCACCCCCACACCGCCCAAGAGUUCAGAGAUAGCUCCUUGGCGGGGGACGAGGACGCGGUCUUGAGUUUCCGUUCAAGAGAUCGUCAGCAUCUUCGUCAUCGCCGCUUCCUUCCCCAGACCAGGUCUCCAGCAGCAGUUUGCACACUCACUCGACGCCUGGUGCUCGCCGUGCUCUCCCACACUCUCACCGGCGCGUCGAUUGGGCCGAUUGAACGCCGAGAGGUUGCCAUCGCCUAACUUGUUGGUGCAGGCCCAUUAACUCUCAUGGGGGCUGGUUUAAAACUAAAAAAAGCAAACGAUGGUCCCGGAAAUUCUGUGACCCGGCUCCAUGUGGCUAAUCGAGUGUGCGGGCAGUUGCAACUGCAGCGGGGCCCACGGGCCAAAGGGGCCCCCCAAGGCACCGAGAUGCUACGGAGAGGGCAGAAAAUUGGACCAAGCCACUCGUGCCAAGCUCGAUACACAAGCCACUAAGGUUGUGCGGGUUGGGGGGUGGUGAUGUGGUGAGGGGGCGGGGGCUACCUGGAGCGAAACUGAGCCACAUUGACCUUGGGACUGUAACAAGAGUCGACAGGCCGGAAGCACAGGGUUCCCAGAUCAGAGGUUUGAUAUCUCGAUCGAGGCUUGUAAAAAAAGGCUGCACUUUUGAGAGCAGCAGAGUUGAGAAGUGAUGGAGACGAGACGAGCUUGAGAGAGCAACUCGGACCUUGUGCGCCCGAGGACAUCAAUUUUCAAAGUGUUUUUGGGUGCUUUGCUGAGCUGGCCGACUUGGGCAUUCAAUCGUUAUCAAUGACACAUCUAAGCUCG